GGCAAAUGAUUUAAUUCGGUCCGGAAGCCUGUGUCCUGUGAAGGCAUUUGUGCGCCUGCAGAGGCAGCGGGAUCGUCGGUCUCUGCCCUUCGCUCAGAAAGUCCCCUGAACGCGAGGGCUUUGCCUGGUGACUUUUCACCAAGGGGACAUGGUGCAAGGUGAAGAGCACAGAUAAAGACCCUUUCGCCACUCCAUAGCCUGUUCCACCCUCCCUGAGGACUUCAUGCAGCAGGACGCAGGCUGAUGCCCUCAGCACACCCUGCCAUGGACGGGGGGAAGAACUAUCCGCAGCACGAGCACCAGCAGUCAGGCAACAUGCUCUGCAGCAUCCCCAGCCUCCACUCCCAGCUCACCGUGCCAGCCAUGGAGGAUACCAUGGUGGCUGCAGACUCAUGGAGUAGCUGCUACACUGCCUCUUUCCCAACCUCAUCUUUCCCGAGUGAAAACCAGCAAUAUUUUAAUCCCCAUCACGGUUUUUAUAUGAAUUCCAUCAGCGCACAACAUGUAUUGGAAACAAACUAUGCAUCUGUGGACCCCACUGACUUCUUACCAAGAAAUGGUGAUUUUCCUCAGGACUCUUCAUACCUCGAUGAGCUCUCCAACAACAACUCCCUCUUCUCGUCCCCUGCGGAUUCCCUCUCUGACAUUGUGGAUUCUAAGGACUUCUUGUCUGCCGAUAGUCUGAACCAUGCACCAGCGUUAUGCGAUGUGAGCACGACGCAGCAGAACCAAAUACAGCCGUUCUCACCCAGCAGAUUGUUCGCUGGCUUAAACAGUUCGAAUGACCAUGUUCCUGCUGUCCCCAACACCCCGCUCCUCAUAAGCUACCAGUCUCAAACUCCUGCAGAGGAGGAGGAUGAAGGUGAGGAGGAAGAAACAGAAGAGUUGGGACAAACGGAGACCUACGCAGAAUAUAUACCUUCAAAGUCCAAGAUUGGGAAGCACCACCCUGACCUCGUGGUUGAAACGAGCACUCUGUCCAGCGUCCCCCCACCCGACAUCACCUACAGCCUCUCUCUGCCAAGCUCCGUUGCCGACAAAGGGUCCCUCUCUGCACUACAGUUGGAAGCAAUCAUUUAUGCCUGCCAGCAACAUGAAGUUUUAUUACCCAAUGGGCAGCGAGCUGGGUUCCUCAUUGGGGACGGUGCUGGAGUUGGAAAGGGCAGGACAGUUGCGGGCAUCAUCUUUGAAAAUUAUCUUAAAGGGAGGAAAAAAGCUCUGUGGUUCAGCGUCUCCAAUGAUCUCAAGUAUGAUGCUGAGAGGGACCUGAAGGACAUUGAAGCCUCCCACAUUCCUGUGCAUGCUCUGAAUAAGAUUAAAUACGGUGACACAACUACCUCAGAAGGAGUCCUCUUUGCCACUUAUUCUGCACUGAUUGGUGAAAGCCAGGCAGGCGGGCAGCACAGGACACGCUUAAAACAAAUUUUGGACUGGUGCAGGGAAAAUUUUGAUGGAGUUAUUGUGUUUGAUGAAUGCCACAAAGCCAAAAACGCCAGCUCUACUAAAAUGGGCAAAGCAGUGCUGGACCUUCAGAACAAACUGCCUCAAGCAAGGGUUGUUUAUGCCAGUGCCACAGGUGCCUCUGAGCCAAAAAACAUGAUUUACAUGAGCCGCCUGGGGAUCUGGGGGGAGGGCACCCCUUUCAGAGCGUUUGAUGAGUUCCUGCACGCAAUUGAAAAGAGGGGCGUUGGUGCAAUGGAGAUCGUGGCGAUGGACAUGAAGGUCAGUGGAAUGUACAUUGCCAGGCAGCUGAGUUUCACUGGAGUCACCUUCAGAAUCGAGGAGAUCCCCCUGGAUCAGCAGUACAAGAUUGUCUACGACAAGGCAGCGAAACUGUGGGCAGAGGCCUUGAUGGUGUUCCAGCAGGCAGCUGACUGGAUCGGCUUGGAGUCUCGGAAAUCCUUGUGGGGUCAGUUCUGGUCAGCUCACCAGCGCUUCUUCAAGUAUCUCUGCAUUGCUGCUAAAGUCCGACGACUUGUUGAGCUUGCCAAGGAAGAGCUGGCGAAGGAUAAGUGUAUCGUCAUCGGCCUGCAGUCCACCGGGGAGGCUCGCACCAGAGAAGUCCUGGAUGAGAACGAUGGGCACCUAAAUUGUUUUGUCUCUGCUGCAGAAGGCGUCUUUCUAUCACUAAUUCAGAAGCACUUUCCUUCAACCAAAAGAAAGAGAGAAAAAGGAACUGGCAUUAAAAGAAAACGGAAGCCAAGGGGCCGCUGUGCCAAGGCUCCGAAGAUGAUGUAUGACCCUGCGGCCGUGAUCAAGAUCAGCGACGACAGCAGCACUGACUCCGACAUGGGGCUCGACAGUGACUUCAACUCCUCUCCGGAGUCCGUGUUUGAGACAGACGACGUCAUCUUCGUUGAGCACACCUACAACGGCUUCACAGCUGAGGACAGAAGUAAUUUUCACAUGCUGCCUUCCCAGAGAGAGAUGCAUGGCCUGCGAGAACUAGAACAUGUGGAAAAGAUGAAGCAGGAUCUCCUAGCAAAAGUAAAAGCACUGGGCAAAGAGCUACCUCUCAAUACCUUGGAUGAACUGAUCAAUCACUUUGGGGGCCCGGAGCAUGUGGCUGAGAUGACGGGGCGGAAGGGCCGGGUGGUUUGCAGACCAGACGGCUGCGUCAUGUUCGAGUCCCGUGCAGAGCAAGGCCUCUCUAUAGACCACGUCAACCUGAAGGAGAAGGAGCGGUUUAUGAAAGGGGAAAAGCUUGUAGCAAUAAUCUCUGAGGCCUCCAGCUCCGGUAUCUCUCUCCAAGCAGACAGACGGGUGAAAAACCAGAAGCGCCGGGUCCACAUGACACUGGAAUUGCCCUGGAGUGCAGACCGGGCUAUACAGCAGUUUGGUCGAACGCACCGAUCAAACCAGGUUUCUGCUCCGGAGUAUGUCUUCCUUAUCUCUGAGCUGGCAGGGGAGAGGAGGUUUGCAUCCAUCGUGGCAAAACGGCUGGAGAGCCUAGGUGCCUUAACUCAUGGAGACCGCCGGGCCACUGAAUCCCGAGACCUCAGCAAGUACAACUUUGAGAAUAAGUACGGGGCUAAAGCACUAGACAGAGUCCUGUCCACAAUCCUCAACCAGACGGAGAACAGAGUUCCUGUGCCCAAGAGCUACGACCGAGGGGAGGCUGCCUUUUUCCAUGAAAUGAAGCAAGGUCUCAUCUCUGUGGGGAUAUGCUGCAAUCAGAUGAAGUAUGGCACUGUCUCAGUGGAGAAAGACUGCUCCAUCACCAAGUUCCUGAACCGCAUCCUGGGUCUGGAGGUGGACAAGCAGAACAUGCUCUUCCAGUAUUUUUCUGACACCUUUGAUUAUCUGAUUGAAAAGGACAAGAAGGAGGGCAAAUACGACAUGGGCAUCCUAGAUUUAGCGCCAGGAGUGGAUGAGAUCUAUGAGGAGAGCAAGGAGGUCUUCCUGACCCCUGGGCACCCGCAGGAUGGGCAGGUCGUGUUUUAUAAGAUCAGUGUUGACAGAGGCUUGAAGUGGGAGGAAGCUUAUGAGAAGUCACUCGAACUGACAGGAUCCUUCGAUGGGUUCUACCUCUCCUACAAGACGCGAGGCUCCAAACAUACCUGUCUGCUGGCAGAGCAGAGCCGCGGGAAGAACUUCAUCCUCUACAAGCCAAAUAUUGGGAAGCAAAGCCAGCCCGAGAGCCUGGACAGUCUGCAGAAGAAGUACCGGCGGGUGCUGCCUGUGGAGGCCAAGGAGCACUGGGAGAACAGUUACCGCUUCUCCUUGGAGAAUUGUAACCACGCCACCUGGAACAGGAGCUGCAAGCUGACCCAGCAGGGGAAGGAGUGCUUCCAGGGCAUGCGCCUGCGUCACUACUACAUGCUGUGUGGGGCCCUGCUGCGGGUCUGGAGCAAGAUUGCCAGCAUCAUGGCAGACAUCACCAACACCAGCUACCUGCAGAUCGUCCGCCUCAAGACCAAGGAGAAGAAGAAACAAGUCGGGAUAAAGAUCCCCGAGAGCUGUGUCCAUAAGGUGCGGGAGGAGCUGAAGCAGAUGCAUGAGAACGUGGAGCUGAAGCAGAUGCAUGAGAACGUGAAGCGAAAGCAGAACCAGCUCCUCCAGGCCCAGGAGCAGAGCCUGCAGUUCUCCCUGCCGCACAUCCUGCCGCAGCCUCUGGACCAGACGCAGACGGGGCCCAGGAUCUCCCUGUCCAGGCACUCCCAGCACCCAGACGAGAUCCUGGACUUGACCUACAGCCCUCCCAGCAACAGCAUUCUCAACACGAUGAACCCAGAGCCUGGUGCGUUGUGCUUCCCCUCAGAACCCGUUCUGCAGCCACACCAGCAGCACGGAUUACCCGUUUGCUUCAGCCACCUUUCUGCCUUCAAGAGCCCGGCCCCUGUCCUAGAGGGGAACGUGCCUUUGAGCUCCUCGCUGCAUGACCCCCUGCCUCUGCCUCACCUGGGCCCCUUGCAGGCAAUGCAGCAGCAGCAGGAAGAUUUUGUCCAACAGGAUGGGAAUAUCAACUUUAGAGAGAUCCUGGAGGACAUGCUGAGGAGGCUUAAUGGGACCCCCCAGGAGAACAUGCUCCCCCCGGAGCGUCAGAGCGUGAUCCAGUUCAGCGGCUCUUUCCCAGACUUCUGAAAGCCAGCUGGGCACACCUGGCGAUGCUCGGCCGCUCUGGAUCCAUGUCCUUCGGUGCAGAGGUGAGAGCUGGGGAGCCCCGGCUUUUCUGCUGGUUUGGACUGACCCUUUUCUGGUUUUGAGGGAAGAAAAGAAACCCUAUAGUUCCUUAAAGCAAAGUUUAUUUAUAUAUAAUAUACAGUCAGGCAUGUAUAGAUUUGUAUAUAACAUGCGCUUGGGGGGAGUCGAGUGCUGCCAAGUUCAGCUGAUCUGGACUCAUGGUCUCUGCUGUGUUCGAGUCCUGCUCAAAGGUCAGUGCCCGUGUAGGACUGAGGAGAGAUGCUCCCUCCUCUGUGCCCGUCCCCCUGCAGACUACUGAGUUUCCGAGCUGGGCCGUGCCUUUCCCAGCCCUCCGGCCCAGAGCUCUGCGGCCGCUGCCCCCCGAGCAGGGCAGGGACACGUCUGGUCUCCAAAAGGACCUGGCGACCAGAGUGCUGGUCCCUUACUGAUGGGUGAGAGCCCCAUGUCCCCAAGACAGGACUGUAUCUGCAACGGCUGCCCCAGCCGUGCUGUAGGCCUUGAGGCUGAUCUGGAGGGCUGGCUCGGAAGACAGGGGCGAAGGGAAGGGAAUGCUGUCCCAGAGGAGUCGGGAGCUGUGGAGCUCAUGUGUCCCUCUGGGCAGGGCUGAGCGAGUGUAGCUGAGAGGAGCAAAACUGACUGUGCCUGCUCUGCCCUUCCCGGGAAGGGACACCAACACCUCUGAGGCUGCCUGAGCUCUGUGGGAAAGGGCAGGAGCUGGCUGCACCCAUGCCUUGUUUGUUGGUAUGGUGGCAGAGCUUGUGAGUUUGGCAGAGCUCGGCCCCACUGGGACCACGGGGGGGAUUCCCCAGAGCAGAAGGGCCACAUGUCCCAUCAGCCUGUCCUGCACUUUAGCCUCGCCGGGUCGCUGUGACUGGCCAUGCUUUGUCUGACUUCCUGCUAUCACUGGUGUCCUGUCACUGGGCUGUCUCACCGGUCCUGCUCUGUACGGCUUGUCCUUGGCUGGGCCAUGGACGUUGGCCUGGGUGCCUGGACCUGGGCACCCCAGCCCUGCCCACUGCUGACCCUGGCGAGAGCUGCUCCUGUGCCCCGGAAGGGAAGAGUGCCCUGGUGAGCACCUGCAGUAUCGCUGCUCACGCUGCAAAUUCAGCCUCCGAUACCAAAGAGCAAAGGUCUGCUUUGCACAGCACUGCCCCAGACAACCUGCUGCCCUCAGCCAGGAGCAGCUAGGCGAGCUGCUGUCUCCCCAGGCAGCCUCCAGCCACCUCUGCCACCAUCCCUGUUCCUGCAGUAUCUCACCUCGGCAGGUCCCGGGGAAACCGUCUUUUGUUUUCUCUCUUUAAUCUAAGGAGUCUGGCAGGAAGCUGCCUGCUGGCAGGAAUGUUCCAGGCCUGGCAGCUCCUCUGCGAGCCUCCCCUCCGCUGUGUUUUUCUCUGCCUUGAGUCAUCGAGGUAUUUCCUAGAAGCAGCACCAGGAUUUUUCAGAGGCAGUACUCAGACCUUCCUUGGCUGGCCUUGGCCCUUCCUCGGGGAGGACCUGGGGAAGGGGGGCCCAGCCAGGAGACACCUCUGCUGGGGUCCCCCAUGCCCUGACAGGUCAGUCUCAAGGCACCUGGUGGAGUCCUCUCCUCCAGGCAGGGAGCGUGGACCCCCCUCGUGUCCCCCCCUCCCCGGGCUCAGGGCCGGGCCAAGUGCCCUGUUUGCUGUUGGGAGGCGCUUUGGGUCAGCGUCCGCAGUGUUCGUGCUCCUGCUGAGAUAGGAGCUGCCUUCCCCAGCGCAUUAAGGCCGUGGACCUGCCCUGCAGAGUGCACGAGUGGGCUUAGUUCUGAGGUUGCUCUGGUCCCUGCCCUUUGUUUUGGAGGGGGGGCUUGUCCUUAAACCCCCCCUGCCCAGCUGGCAUCUGCCGCCCGCCCGCCCGCCCAGAGUCAGCCCUGCAGCCGGGGCCGCUCGGGGCUGCAUUUUACUGCAUUCAAGGAAACCUCCUUACCUCAAAGUUAGCACCAAAGAUGGGGACCCCCCGCCCCGGGGCCCCGCUGCUGCCCUGAGACGUUUGUGCUUUUCCUGCAGCUUUGCUCGCGGCAGCCACGCUCGCCUCUUGCCCCGGGGAUCGCUGCUCUCCUGGGGUGCCACGACAGCCUGUUCCUUGUCCUGAACGGAGCAAGGCUCUCCCCCAGCCCCUCCUCUAUUUAAAAUACGUCCCAGUCCACACCACUCGUGGAGAGGCCCUAGCUUUGCCCGUGUCCUGGUUCGUUUGCCCGGUGCUCGCUGAAUUCUCAGCGAGGAGAGAAAAGGAUGCCGGGAAAACCCAUUUCAGAGAGGCUUAAACUCAGGAAUAGCGAGGAGGAGUUCUCCCGCAAGGCACCCUCUGCCAGCCACUGCUCUGCUGUCACCCGGAGCUGUACCUGGUGGCUUUGACCUUGAUUUUAAAAUAUAUGCAAUUCUCCCUCCCUGAUCUCUGGAGAGACAGAGAGCACCUUCGAGGAAGCCCUUCCCUGCCCCGAUCCUGUGUUUUUGUCAGGGUUAAUAAUAUGUAACAGUAUCUUUUAACUAAAUUAUUAUGCAGUUGUCCUACUGAUUGUAUGUAUUUUUAAAUGAGUCCCUUUUUUCUUCCCUUACACCUUUUUGUUAGCACUUUUUAAUCCGCUUGUUGUUUGCCUUUGUUUUUCUAUGUGUAUUUAUAAUUAAUUAAGAUGUAUAUAUGUAAAGAGAUUUUUUUAGAAUAUGUGCCUUUGACUAAUAAUUCCUGAAUUUUCUACUUGCCUCAGAAGGAUAAUUUUUCAUUCUGCUCAGUAAAAAUGGAAAGGAAGCCACGUACGCGA